GCCGGAGAGGAACUGCUGGCUACUGUGUCAACCUGUCUAAGUCCCGUCUCCCAUUGAGGAACACUGGAUGUUUUAACUGAAUGUUUUAUUCACUGGUCGGUUCUGCUUUUACUUCACACUAAGGACGUCCGGAGAAGCGAUUUUUAUUACGGCAGCACAGUCUGCAUCCCCACUGCUGAGGCAUCAACUCCAUUUACAUCCCAGUGCCAUGCACUUAAUGGCAUUACCUUAUGGAAGGUAACUUAAUCGCCCAUCUUUCGCCCUUUGGCCCAUCCCAUGUCUGAGGACAGUGAUCCAAAGCACUACCUGUACUCAGCCCUGGACGGGCGCGAACGGAACCUUGGAAGGGUCGGUUUUCAGGUGGAAGAAGAGGAGCGCUCUCACUGCGGCUCCAUUAGCCAACUUCUCGGCAUGGCCACUUACAACAAGGGUUGUGACGGGCGGGAUGGGGUCGAACUGGAAGGAGAGUUAGGAUUGGCCUCCGAGGGGAGCGACAGCGGCCACGAGCACCCGGCCUCGCCGCGGUCCCCGCACGACGACAGGAAGCGGCCGCGCCAACCCUUACACGAGGAUGUUGAGAUGGGUGGCAGCGGCUCGAGUGGGAGCGGGACAGAAUCCCACGGUAACGAGUCGCACGGCAAUGAGUCCCAUGGCAAUGAAUCUGUGGGCAGCUCAAAUGGCAAUGGCAAGGACUCCGCUCUCAUGGAGUCUUCAGGGAGCAACAAGAGCUCAAACUCUCACAGCCCGUCGCCGCCAAGCAGCUCCAACGCCUUCAGUCUGGUGAGCUCUGAGCAGGACAACCCUUCAACCAGCGGCUGCAGCAGUGAACAGUCAGCCAAAGCUAAGACACAGAAGGAGCUCUUCAAGACCCUUAAGGAGCUGAAAAUGCACUUGCCGUCGGAAAAGAGGAGCAAGGGCAAGUCCAGCACGGUCAACACGCUUAAAUAUGCACUGCGGUGUGUCAAACAAGUGAAAGCCAAUGAGGAAUACUACCAGAUGCUGAUGGUUAAUGACAGUCAGCCACCAGGGUUUGAUGUGUCCUCCUACACCAUUGAGGAAAUCAACAGCAUCACCUCUGAAUACACCCUCAAAAACACUGAUAUAUUUGCUGUAGCUGUCUCGCUCAUCACGGGGAAGAUUGUUUAUAUCUCAGACCAGGCGGCGUCCAUCUUGAACUGCAAGCGGGAGGUGUUUAACAAUGCCAAGUUUGUGGAGUUCCUGACGCCUCAGGAUGUCAGCGUGUUCUACAGCUUUACCACGCCCUAUCGCCUGCCCUCAUGGAGCAUGUGCACCGGAGCAGAGUCGUCUCCCACGGAGUGCAUGCAGGAGAAAUCCUUCUUUUGCCGCAUCAGUGGUGGUAAGGAACGUGAAGGGGAUCUCCAGUACUAUCCUUUCCGUAUGACUCCUUACCUGAUGAAAGUCCAGGAUUCUGAGCUGGGUGAGGACCAGUUCUGCUGCCUCCUGCUGGCUGAGAGGGUGCACUCUGGGUACGAAGCACCCAGAAUUCCUCCUGACAAACGUAUCUUCACCACCACGCACACACCCAACUGUGUGUUUCAGGAUGUGGAUGAGAGGGCUGUUCCCCUCUUGGGUUACCUCCCUCAGGACCUGAUCGGGACCCCCGUGCUACUCAAUCUGCACCCAAGUGACCGACCCCUACUGCUUGGUGUGCAUCGCAAAAUUCUGCAAUAUGCUGGUCAGCCGUUCGAUCACUCCUCGACCCGUUUCUGUACAAGAAACGGCGAGUACAUCACCAUCGACACCAGUUGGUCCAGCUUUGUCAACCCGUGGAGCCGCAAGGUCUCCUUUGUCAUUGGCAGGCAUAAAGUCCGCAUGGGUCCUGUGAAUGAAGAUGUUUUUGCAGCACCUGCUUUCCAUGGAGGGAAGAUCAUGGACUCGGACAUACAAGAAAUUAGUGAACAGAUCCAUAGGCUGCUACUCCAACCGAUCCACAACAUGGGCUCCAGCGGUUAUGGUAGCCAUGGCAGCAAUGGUUCCCACGAGCAGCAAGUGAGCAUCUGCUCGUCCAGUGAGAGCAAUGGGAACGCCACGACGGGGAAGACGGUGGAGGAGACAGGCAAGGCCAAGCCUCCCAGGACGUUCCAGGAGAUUUGUAAAGGGGUCCACAUGCUGAAGAACCAGGACUCCCAGGUCUGCCUGCGCUCCCCUCCCCCAUCACCAUUGCCAUCCAAGUCUGAGCAGAAGAAGCCCACUGACACAGCAGCAGGUCAGAGGAGUCCUGCAGUGCGCCAGAAGGACUCUGUGCCCCCCCAUCAGGUCAGAGACAGUACUGCAGCCAGCAUUGAGGACUUUGCCUGCAAAAACCACACUGUCCACUCCUACCAGCAGAUUAGCUGCCUUGACAGUGUCAUCAGGUACCUGGAGAGUUGUAUACCCAUCACAGUGAAGAGGAAGUACCAGUUCUCCUCCAACACCACCUCCUCCAACUCAGAUGAGGACAAGAAGGGCUCAGAGGAUGACAUGCAAGUGCCUGAAGAUACAAACCCAGACUCUUUGAUGCUAGAUGCCCAACCAGGCCUGUCAAACAUGAAAGCACCAAAGAAGCCUCCAUCUGGGGCAGCUGCGGUGGUGGGAAGCCCCCUGGCACCCCUCACCCUGCCCAGCAAGGCUGAGAGUGUGGUAUCCAUCACCUCACAGUGCAGCUACAGUAGCACCAUCGUGCACGUGGGAGACAAGAAGCCUCAGCCAGAGUCUGAGAUUAUCGAGGACGUGGCAGAGAGCCCUGCACCCCUAGCUCUGCCUCUCAGCGUGGUGUCUCCGCCCAGCCAGGAGAAGGAAGCCUACAAGCGGUUGGGACUGACCAAACAGGUGCUGGCCGCACACACCCAGAAAGAAGAGCAGGCCUUCCUCACCCGCUGCCGAGAGCUCCGCAACGCCAGGACCUUCCAGAAGGACUAUUCCACACAUCUGCUCAAGCAGAGGGGUCCAGCCACCACUGAAGGAUCAUCUAGACCACGAGGUGCAGCCAAACAGGGCACCACCAGGCCCGAAACUACUGCCAAGAAGGGCAUCCGCAACCGGAAGUCCAAGAAACCACGGAUGAAGCAUCCUGAUUCGUCAGAUAGCGCUGUAUCGAACCGCAAACCCCGGCCCCCUCUCCAGGGUCUCAACCAAACCUCAUGGUCCCCUUCAGAAGCAUCCCAGUCCGCUUUUAAUGUCUCCUACCCAGCCAUGGUGCCUGCCUACCCACUCUACCCCCCAGCACCUGCUGCCCCAGCUCAGGUCCCCCACACUGACCCAUCCCUUUCUGCAGGCUUUGGAGAGGGGCAAAGCACCCAAGCCCCUCCUACUGCCACUCCAUUUCCUGCACCAAUUGUUACACCUGUGGUGGCUCUGGUGCUACCCAAUUAUAUCUUCCCCCAAAUAGGACAGUUAGGACAGCUGGGGGCUGCUCCUAGACCAGCGUUUUUCCCUGAGCAGACCCAAACGCAGCCGACAUACACUACUCAGCAGCCCUUUCAGCCCCCACAGCCGGCCUACAACAUUCAAACACAACCCCCCUACACCAGCCAACCGCCAUUCCCGUUGCAGACUGCCUUUAACCCGCAGCAGCCGUUCCAAACAACUCACACCCCCUAUGCUACCCAGCAACCUUUCCAGGCCCCCCAGACGGCAUUUACCCCCCAGCAGCCAUUUCAAACUGCUCAGACGCCCUUCGCCACCCAGCAACCUUUCACGACCCCGCAGACUGCCUACACUACCCAGCAGCCCUUCGCUGCCCAGCCUUCUUUCCCAGUGCAGACUCAAUUUGUGGCUCAAGCUCCAUAUUCAGCUCAGGCCUUCCCUUACAGUCUAGCCUCCGAGCCCUCUAAAGCCUUGGCUGUGGAGCCCCGAGAGGGGGCGGCAUCGCGUUCCUCCACCCCAGCUUCUGGAGCGAGGGAGCCCGCCACGUCACCGCCGCUGUUUGAGUCGCGGUGCAGCUCCCCCCUGCAGCUCAAUCUGCUGAGCAUGGAGGAUGGACAGCGCUCAGUGGAACGGCAGGACAGCACAGCACUCCCUGCUGGAGGCCAGGGCAACAGUACAGCCGGAGCAGCAGGGGAAAAGAACGGAGGCGCGGCCCAGUCUGAAAACCACCAGCAGGUGGAGUCUCCAGUAGAUGGGGCUCACAGCGAUGGUAACUCCUCAUCCUGCGACUUGCUGGACAUCCUGCUGCAGGAGCAAGAGGACUCCCACUCUGGCACUGGAUCAGCCACCUCUGGAUCCAUGGGCUCAGGAUCGGGCUCUGGAUUGGGCUCCGGAUUGGGCUCAGGCUGUCGUACAUCAGCUAGUGGAGCUUCUGGCAGCAGAACAGGGAGCAGCAACACCAGCAAAUACUUUGGCAGCAUUGACUCCCUGGAACACGACCCCAAAGCCAAAGCCAAGACAAGAGGCGAAGAAGGCUCUGAAGGCAGCCAGUCACAAACCAAGCUCUCAACCCAAGCAGAUGGAGAGCAUUUCAGCAAAUACGUUCUCCAGGAGCCCAUCUGGCUGCUGAUGGCCAAUGCUGACGACAAGGUCAUGAUGACCUAUCAGAUGCCUGCCAGGGACAUUCAGAAGGUUCUGCGAGAAGACAAAGAGAGGCUGAGACAGAUGCAGAAGAGCCAGCCUCACUUCUCCUCAGACCAGCGACGAGAGCUCGUGGAGGAAUACCCCUGGAUGAGGAGGGGAGGCCUGCCUGCUGCGAUCAAUGUGAAGGAGUGUGUAUACUGCGAGGAUGCAGCAGCAGACCCCAUCGAGGAGGACAUGCCAGACAUGGACAUGGGCGAGCUGGGUGAAGAGUUUAGGCAAGAGAGCCAGAACGCUCCGACCCAAUCAGAGGAACCUCAGUCUCAACCAGACGUUGGCUCCUGAACACACACACUGCCAGCAGGGGGACACACUCGACCAGCCAUGGACCCUCAUGAUGCGCACACACAGACACACACAUACACAAUGUGGAUGUGAGACAAACACACACAACAUGAACUCAAGCAGAACUCUGUGUUGCCAUUGUGGUGAAAUAUGAGGAUGUGCGUCCGUGUGUUGUGUAGAGGAAAACUGCUGAAGUGCAGUUCUUAUUGUGCCCAUACAGGGGGCAGUAACGCUCUGAGGGUCUUUGUAUGCAUGACCCUCAGAUAGUACUUUUGCCAGCUCACACACACUUUCUCUCUCUAAAAUGACCUGGACCCUGCCUGUGUUGUUGGUAACCUUCAGAUUUUUUGUUUUUUAUUUAAUUGUUUCCCAUUUUUGUCAGUCAACAGAGCUUCACAGCAACAUGAGCACUUAUUCUAAAAAAAGACUAAAUUAAUAGUAUUAAAAUAUAUUUGUUUAAAAAAAAAAAAAUAUAUAUAUAUAUAUAUAUAUAUAUAUAUACUUUGGCAAAAAUAAUUGUCAUUCAACAGUUUUAAAAUGUCAUUAACAAAGAGCCCAGUAUUGCUGUGUAAAUACUCUGCUACCAGACAUUAUGUUUGUGUUGUCCUUGUUUUGCCACAUGGUCCCAUUGAAGCCACAGGAUCCCCCUUGUUUUCCCACGAGGAACUAUGUAGAAUGGUUUUAGUCCUCAAUGGAUGAUGUAGUCAGGGUCCAAGGGCAGGAACUCCCACUUUUGUAUCAUGGAUGAGUUUUUACCCCACUACUUUUCUCAGACCUGAGAAUUUGCAAUAUCCAGGCACAGCAGUGGUAGAACCUGACUCAACAGCCAACACAGUGACAUCUAGGCUGAACUUUCCAGUGACAAUCUGAUACAUAGUGCAAGCUGUCCAUUUAUCUAAGUAUCUUAUUUAUUUUCUACCAGAUAAUGUAUCUAGAAUAGUUUUCUUUUUUUUUUUUAAAGCUAAAGCCAAAUCCAUUCAGCUUAAGGACAGUAUUUAUACAGUACAAAUAACAGUUGACAGGUGUUGACAAUUAACUUCACGGGAUAUUUAAAGCCACUUUACUCUUAAAACUAGAGCCUUGAAGUGCUGUAUGCCUCUGCCGACCUUUAAACAGCACAGGUGCUAUGAAGAAGUGGGCAUCAUCACAGAUUAAGAAGCUGUUGAAAUAUUUUUUCUUAUAGAAAAAAAAUCAACAUCAGAACAUUGAUGCAUGAAAAGCAGAGGUAAAGAGGAUGGUUGUUUUCUUUUUUAAGAGAACGAUGUAUCCGUGUACUGAAAUUGUUGAGUAAUUUUCUUUUUCUGUCAAUAUGGUGCAGUUCUUCUACAAAAUGUAAUUUUUAGAUCAAAACAGUGCUAUUUAGGAAUUUUUACAUUAUGCAAAACGACAUUGUCUCCUUUUUCAGAGACAUUUAUUUUCUCAUUUUGUCACAGAUUUUUCCAGCUUAAAAAAUAGGAACACACACUUAAUGAACUGCUUUACCACACCGAGGACCUUUUUUCUCUUUUUUUCCUCUGAUUUUUCUUUUUUUUUUUCUUUUACAAUACUGGCAAAUUUUAAGCACCAGGCGGACGAGGGAAGGACUCUAAACCCUAGGGCUUUGCAGAUGUGUGUGCAGCAGUACAGAUCCUUUCAAAGGGUAGCAUGAUAUCGUGCUUUCAACAGAGGUCAAUACUGAGCACUUAAAUAUAGAUUGUAGUUGGAAGACAGCAUUACAAUUGUAGCAUAUAAGGGGACCAUGUUGCCUCAGUUAUGUAGGAACCUGGGUUACGCAGGAAAUGGUGCAUACAAUACAUGCAUGCAUCAGCAACCGUGGAAGCCCCUUGUUAUCUAACAUGUAGUGUUGAGGAAACUGUGAUCCACAUUGGCCCCCUGUAGUCGAGGUAAACAGUACUACAGAGAAACUGUUGGGGCUUGUGAAUGUAAGAGACUGGACCAAGAGCAUCUCAGUGGCUUAGUUUGUUUUCAUGAUUCUUUUUUUUUUUUUAUUGUUACUGUUUUUUUCUUGUGUGUUUUGUAGUAUUUGUUUGACGAAUGUGGACACUUUUGAGUGUCAUUGGGGAUGGACCCUACCUCUAAUAAAUCCCAGGUCAUGUUACUGUACACAGGACAUUACAUGUGUGUGCAUGUGGGCAAAGCACAAUGGACAGAGCGGUCAGAUACUCGAGUGAUUCCUGUGAGUGAUGGGUUUGUACUGCGAGUCUCUGCCUUAGAUUGGCAUAGGGUUUGUUGACUCCUUCUGAAUGCACAGAGAGGACAGGCACCUGUCACCACCUUUAGCAACCACAAUCUAUCUCUGUCUUUUGUCUCUUUUCUGUGCAAAAUAUCUCGAAGGGGGCCUCCAACGCCCACCUGUGUGUAAACCAUUAAGAAUGCGUGAAUGGAAACUAAAAUAUGUGGAAAUAAGCUGUUGAGAUGUUGGGAGUAAGAGUGAUGCUGCCUUGCAUACAGGGAAUCCAUUUUUAAAUGAAUUGCACACUGGUGGGUGGUCGGAAGCACUCUGAUCUAUAAAUUCAUACACACGGUACUGGCACAUGAUGCUAUGUACAGUCAUGUAAAUGUGUUUAAUUGCCAUUGUAUGAGUCUGUGGUAUGCUAAACUAGCACAGUCCUGUGCAUUUUUGUAGGUAAGAUGUGUUGUUUGCAACAUGGAGACAAUGUUAUAAUAAAACUACAGAAAUAUCA